UUGCCUUUGUCCUUUCCGGACGCAUAUAUUCCCUCCUCACCCCCCUCGCCCCUUAUUCCCCACCCCCUUGUCUCCAUUCUCUUCUCCCCAGCUGGCUCGCCCUACCGCUCAAGUCUUCGGGUAGCACCAACCACUGGCAAUUGGCUUCACUUCCUGCGUUUGGUUCGUUUGCUUGUGUCGUUGACGGCGGGCACAACCAACCAGAGGCAGCUGGAGUCUUUUUGACGCUUCCCUCGAGUCUGAGACUAUGUGCAUUUACAACAACUCGCUGGCCACAUACUCAAGUAUGGCCACUCCCGGCAGGCGCAAGAGCCACCGGAUGACGUCACUCGACGACCAGGAUAGCAGCUGGUGGACGAUACUGCUGGUGCUUGCCACGAUCCUCGUUGUUGCUGUGCCGCCAGUUGGCGGCGAUGGUACGGACAUCUUGGGCGUGCAGCAAGCACUCGGCGCCGAGACGGUAAUGUUUGUGGACGUGGUCGACUUUACCUGCGAAAUGAUCCAGUGGCAGGGCCGCGACGAGCUGUACGUGUACCGGCCGUCUGACUCGCUGCUUGUGGCGACACUGCUUUGGACAGGCGGGGCAGCGGCGUCGUACUCGCCUACCGAGAAUGGCGCAUUUGAGUUGCGACUCAACGCGGACCAGAUCGCCGGUGACGUGUGGGAUGUGUCGAUCAAUGACAACUGCGCGUCGUCGCUGGUGGGUGGACGACUUUGGUCCCGCCAGUGGUACUUUGCGGCUGCAUCAUUUGGUGCGAGCGAUGCGACCGAUGUGUCUAUGUGGGCCGUCUUUCUCACCUCGCUCGGCAACAAGCUUGUGGAAACGCGGUUUGAGGGCCUUGCUGGGUAUGUGUACGAGCUGGGCGCGACGUCGGACGGGAUUGCGUCGCAUACGCCGGCGUUCAAGUCUGCGCCGCAAACCGGCAACUCGAUUGUGCCUGAAAUCCCGCUGUAUCUCAAGUCGCCGGACCACAUUCCGCUGGCAGACACGCAGCCCACGAUCGAGUUUGAUGACGUGGUGUAUGUGACGGUUGGUUGCGGCGACUUUGGCUCCGAGUGCCCUACGCUUGUGAACGGGCAAAUCCACCCGCGGUUCCGGUUCAACACGGACGCAGGUGGUGGGCGGUACCGGAUUGUGUGCGACACAAACGGCGACGGCAACCUCAACAUUGUCGACGGGUCCGACACGGUGCUGUCUGGCGACACGGUCGCCGGAGCCAACGAAGUGCUCUGGGACGGGACGGACUCGUCGGGUGUCACUGUUGCGAACGGGUACUACCUGUGUGAGGUGUGGGUCUUCCUCGCCGAAAUUCACUUUCCCAUGAUUGACGUGGAGACGAUCUACCCUGGCAUGCGGAUGUUCUCGUACUUCAACAGCGUGCCUACGCCACAGGUGAUGUUCUGGAACGACGAGGACGUGGACGCGCCCAUCACGAUGCCCAACGGCGAGACCGGGGCGACGACGUCAGGCUGCUGCGGCAUGGACUCGACUAAUGACCCGAACGCUGUGGCCAACGUCAAUGCUCGCGCCUGGGGCAACUUUGCGUCUGGCUCCAAGGGCGACCAGGCGAUCAUCAACACGUUCUCGUUUGUAGAGCGAUCAGUCUCGGUCCCGCUCAACAUUUCUGUUGGCGGCUUGUCUGAGUGCCCGCAGCCUUCGGUUUACAUUCUCAACACGAACGUGUUGGAGAAGGACACCGGGGCUGUUUCGGUCACUAUCGACAUUGUGCUCACUUCGGUCAUCUCGUCCAAUGUUGACAUCUCAUACGCGACCGUUGACGGAACGGCCACGGCAGGGGUAGACUACGUGACGACGGGAGGGACGAUCACACUUGUACCGGACAACUACUGCUACUCUGUGACGGUCGACAUUACGCCCGACACCGAGCUCGAAGUCGACGAGGACUUUUACGUGGACAUUGCGUACGCUGGCGCCGGUGCGUCGCCGAUUGUCUUUCGACAGGCACGGUCUGUGGUGACGAUUAUCAACGACGACGACAACUGUGGAGUUGUGGAGCCACCGCCGCACGAGUGGCCAGGUCUUGUCAUGGAAGUGUACGAUGAGGUCCCCGGAUCGACAGUGUUGGACCUGACGCGCUCAAAUGCGUACAUCACGCAGUCUCCGGGAUGCAUCGAUCCCGACGUGACAUCGCUGGAGCAGAACCCCGGGACUGGCAGAUGCGGCCAGACCCAGAUGUCUUCGUACAACUACGGCGUGGCCAUCUCGGGCUGGAUCCGAGUGGCGCAGACGGACACGUACACGUUUCAGGUUGCUGGCAACGAUGCAGUCGAGCUGUGGCUUGGAGCCGACGAGGCUUCGCUCAUACUAGCGGCGUUCAACACACAACCUAACACAGACGAGAGCUCCUACGGCGAAGCAGCGUCACAGACGUCGAGUCCGAUGGCACUCGCUGCCAAUGAGCUGCUCUUUGUGCGCGUGCUGUACAAGGAGGGCGAUUUGGAGAGCCCGCCGAAUGACUUUUACUCUGUGGCGUGGUUCGGGACGAGUGUGUCAACGACUGCGGCUCCACUUGCGCACGCUGGCACGUAUGGCGAGACCUUUUUCCACAACAGCACGUCUGCGGUUGGCUUUGAGACUGACGACGCGUGCUGUACGUCACGGAUUGUGGAGACCGAGGUCCGGGCAUUGCGGACCGAUGCUGAUCCGUGCUCGGGCCAGCUUUUCGGCAACGUGACAAACACCAUCGACCUGUCGCCGCAGAGCACGGGGACGAGCGUCACGUUUGACAUUGCUGAGACCCAUGAGCUCGAGUAUGUAACGGAAGACUUGUUUGCCGAUCUGGGGACUGCGGAUGUGAGCGGACAAGUGUUCUCCGGCAGGAUCCGGCAGCCGAUCUCGACCAAGGUUCGAGUGACGGCUGGCAAUGACAAUGGGUUUGAACGGGCGAGCGACGGCAAUGUUUGGACCAACUGGGGCUUUUUGCUCAUGGGCUCCUGGAUGAUGGCAGUCACGUUUGACGAUGUGGCUGUGCCUCAAGGAGCGACGAUCACCAAUGCGUACAUCGAGUUGGAAGGCGACAAUAAUGGCGGACAGGAUACCGGGACCGGGGUGAUCGUGCCGAUCUGGGCCAACAACGUGGACAACGCUGGCACGAUUCCGACCGGCAACUCGGGUAUUUCGUCGCUGGCGCCAACGCCGACUAGCGUCAACUGGGUUGACGUUCCCGAAUUUGUGUACACAGCUCGGUACAAGACGCCGAACAUUGGGCCUGUGGUGCAAGAUGUUGUGUCUCGCGGCGGGUGGCGGAGUGGCAACUCGAUGACAAUUAUCUUUGGGUUUUCGACAGGGGCGUCGUUCCGGCGCUAUGUCGAGUCUGCGUCGGACGCCGAGUCUGCCCCGCUACUUGUUGUCGAGUACCACACCGGGUUUACUGGCCCGCGCGAGUAUGUGGGUGCGGUGUACAUGGGCGACGCGACCGAUGGCGGCGUUGGGACUGUGAAUGACAUGUCUGGCGGGUUUCGGCUGAGCCUGGACCUUGCCUCGGGCGGGUCGUACACGCUCUCGCUUAUGCAUUCGCUUGUGGGCAACGCGAUCGACGCAAGGAACGAGCGGGUGACGUCGCUGCUGAGGGUCAACGGAGCGUACGUUGGAAACUCUGUGGGCACCGAGGGUGUGCAGAUGCUGGAGGAGCUGACUUCUUCCGGAGUCAGUGCUCCGACGACGUCGUCGUUUGUACUCGCACUUCCAGCAGGAAGCAACGUCAUCGAGUUCGGUGGCUACCUGUCACGGAGGCGCAACCAGAACGAUUUUGCGGUGGCACUCUUUGACAACGUGCAGCUCACGACAAACGACUUUGUGUCGUCGUGCGGGACAGCCAAUCUCGAGUAUAACUACGAGUGGUGGGCGCCGUCAUGCUCGCUCACAGCGCCGUGCUCUACGACGCAGCUGUCGUCGGGACUCUGCGAUCCGGUGAUCACACUCUUUGCGCAGAACGAAAAGUGCUGCCUCGAGCUCGAUGUCUUGCUCCCGAAGGAGGUACCCGGCGUUCGGCUCAAUACCUCUGCAGUGGCGGUGAUGGAGCCAGCGUCUGGAUUU